GUCGCAUUUGUCGGGCCCAAUGGUGGCUCCACUGCUUCACACGUGGUUGCCUGGAGAUGCAGCCGUUUUGCCCUCUGGAGUCAAGCAGUUGCGUGCAUCCAGGACAGGGAUUUCAGAUGUGCUUGAAAUAGAGAAUGAUUUCUUCAACUCUCCGCCAAGAAAAACUGUUCAAUUUGGUGGAAUAGUUACAGAAGUCUUGCUGAACUACAAAAUGGGUGAAACAAAUGACUAUGAGUUGUUGAAGAACCAGCUGUCAGAUCCAGACAUAAAGGAUGACCAGAUCACUAACUGGCUGUUAGAAUUCCGCUCUUCUAUCAUGUACUUGACUAAAGACUUUGACCAGCUUAUCAAUAUUCUCUUGAGAUUGCAGUGGUUGAAUAGAAGUCAGACAGUGCUGGAGGAGUAUUUGGCUUUUCUUGGUAAUCUGGUAUCAGCACAGACUGUCUUCCUUAGACCAUGUCUCAGCAUGAUUGCUUCUCAUUUUGUACCUCCCCGAGUGGUCAUUAAGGAAGGUGACAUAGAUGUUUCGGAUUCUGAUGACGAAGAUGAUAAUCUUCCUGCAAAUUUUAACACUUCACAGGGCCUUGUAAAUAAUAGCAAGAUAUGUCCCAUCGAUACCGUGGUUUCUAAUGCCAACACUGGUAGAAAAAUUUCCUUUUAUUCAAAAAUCAGAGAGAACAUUGGAAUGUUAUGUUCAUAAC